AUGCAAGUUUUUGUGAAUCACCACCCGAUCAAUUUUGAAGUCGACACCGGAAGCCCUGUCAACGCUAUUUCCAAGAGCAUGUACGACCGGCUGUUUCAAGAGAUCCCGUUGAACACCAGAUCUACUGAAGAAUUUGUGUGCUACAAUGGUUCUGGAUUCCGUGCUGUUGGAACGUUCAAAGCGAUGAUGAAGUACAAGGAGCAUGAGUCACUGGAGGAAAUUUUUGUCUUCGAAGGAACCCGGCAGCCGCUGUUCGGACGUCAAACGAUGAGGAAUUGGAACUUGAAGAUUGAUUUUUGCUUUAUUUCAACGGAUGAACAGGAUGGUAAGCAGUUAUUGGAUCCACUCCUAAGGAAGCAUGCAGCAGUAUUUGAAGGUGAGUUAGGCCGUUUCAAACACAACCAGAUUCAUUUGGCUCUGAAGGAGGACGCUGUACCAAAAUUCUGCAAACCAAGGAAAAUCCCGUUGGCAUUCAAAGAGAAAGUUGAAGCGGAACUGGACAGGUUGGAGAGUUCAGGAAUAAUUUCGAAGGCCCCUUCUUCUGAAGCUGAAUGGGGUACACCGUUAGUUCCAGUCCUGAAGAAAGAUUCUUCGUUACGUUUGUGCGCUGAUUACCGUGUCACCGUAAAUCCGUUCCUGUUGGACGAUCAUCACCCGUUUCCUGUUAUCGAGGACAUUUUUGCGGCGCUCCAGGGAGGAAAAUAUUUUGCGAAGUUAUAUUUGAAGAAUGCGUACUACCAGCUUGAAGUUGAUGAUGAGACGAAGAAGAUUCUGGCAUGGAGCACGCAUCGUGGAGUUUAUUGGAUGAACCGUCUUCCGUUUGGCACGAAACCAGCCUGUGCGAUAUUUCAAGGUACGUUGGAGCGAGUUCUUCAAGGUUGUCGUGGUACUGUUAUCUAUCUAGAUGACGUGUUGAUUUCCGGGGCGACAGUACGGGAACUCCUGGAGAAUCUGGAUGAAGUUUUGAGCCGUCUGAAGCAAGCCGGAUUUCUGUUGAACAAAAACAAAUGUGAAUUCUUCAAGCAGACGGUAGCGUACCUCGGACAUGUAAUUGAUGAAGAUGGACUACACAAAGAUCCGGAAAAGGUGAGAGCAAUUUUGGACGUCAAAUCACCAGCCGAUGUCAAGGAUGUUCGAGCGUUUGUUGGAUUGGCUAACUACUACGCGAAAUUUUGUCCAAGCUUGGCGCAGUGUUUGAAGCCGUUGUAUGAAUUGUUGAAGGAUGGUGUAGAAUUUUCCUGGACCAACAAGCAACAAAAGGCGUUUGAAAAAGCGAAAAAGCUUCUUUCCGAAGACACCGUAUUAUCCCACUACAAUCCCAGUCUUCCUGUUCGGCUGUAUUGCGAUGCGUCCAACGAAGGUAUUGGAGCUGUGAUAACUCACGUUUUCCCGGAUAAAUCAGAACGCCCGAUUUCAUUUGCGUCACGGAUUUUCAAGAAACACGAAGCUGGAUAUUCCGUAAUUGAUCGAGAAGCGUUGGCGAUCUACUAUGGUAUCAACAAAUUCAGCAACUACCUGUUUGGCCGACACUUUGAGCUCAUGACCGACCACAAGCCAUUGACUGGUUUGUUCAACCCGAAGGGUAUUCCAGCCACUGCUGCAGGACGGUUACAACGAUGGGCUGCAUUCCUGGCAAACUGUGAUUAUGAGAUUCGUCACGUGAAAGGUCGAAAGCAAAUUGUGAUUGAAAGCCGAAGAGACAAGCUGAUCAGCCGUGUUGUCGAGUACGUCCAAUCCGGAUGGCCCAGAAUGAUACAGGAGGACGAACUGAAGACAUUCUAUCAGAAGCGUGAUGAAUUGUGCGUGGAGGAAGGAGUUUUGCUCUGGGGUUAUCGUAUCGUGGUUCCCACCAAAUUGAGGAAGAUGUUGCUGGACGAACUUCACAAGGUACAUCUGGGAAUCGUGAAAAUGAAGAGUAUGGCCCGAUCGUAUUUCUGGUGGCCAUGUUUGGAUUACGAUAUCGAGACCCUCGGAAAGAAGUGCGAGCUGUGUAUCCAACAAAGACCCGAAAGAAGCGAUCCUGUCUCACCGUGGCGACUGACAUCUGCACCAGGAGACCGAGUACACGUGGACCAUUUUUCCUUCCGCGGAUCGGAUUUCUUCGUGAUGAUUGAUAGCUACAGCAAAUGGAUUGAAACUUUUCCCGUGCGCACUUUGACUUCAAAAGAAACAAUCGAGAAACUGUGUGAGUAUAUUUCAAGAUUUGGUUCAAUUUCAACUUUGGUGUCCGACAAUGGAACAGCGUUUACGUCGGAUGAAUUUCAAAACUUUUGUAAAUCAAGAGGAAUCAACCAUUUGCGAACGGCGCCAUACAGCCCAUGCUCGAACGGUGCUGCAGAGAAUGCUGUGAAAACAGUGAAGACUGCUUUGAAGAAGCUCAAUAAUGAUACAGCAUUCCAGAAGAAAUCAACGUCCAUCAUGAUCAGCUCUUUUCUGGAAAUGUACCGAGCUUCGAAACAUGCGACGACAGCGGAAAGUCCAUUCAAACUGAUGUUCGGCAGAGAAAUGAGGCUGAGGUUUGAUACCUUGAAGUUUGAUGCAACAAGACGACAGGACGACACAAUCCAGAAGGUAAAUAACAGAAAGAAACAAGAAACAUUUGCCGUUGGAGAAACUGUGUACGUGCGAGACUACAGAAACCCGAAAAAAGCAUCUUGGAUACGAGAAAAAAUUUUGAAAAAACUUGGAGCGGUACUCUUCGAAUGCUCAUCCGAGGAACUUGGUACUAUCAAGCGACGAUCUCAUCAAAUUUUGAAGUAUCCGUAUGAUGACUAUGAAGAAGAUAGGAGAAUCUCAAACGGCCACUGUAACGGGAAUAACAACGACGACGCCGACUCGGACGCAAGCUAUGUAUCUCUUGAAGACGAUGUGGAGGAUAAUCCGACCAAUCAACCGAAUGGAGCUUACGUUACGAGAUAUAACCGAGUUGUUCGACCACCACGGCGUUAG